AUGACUGGCGGCGACACCUCGGACGAUGCGCUACAACUCGCGGCCCUGGGGCAUUCCCAGGAAUUGAAACGAACAUUCUCCCCGCUGGCUAUGCUCGGCUUAGCGUUCGCCAUCUUGAAUUCAUGGACUGCUUUGGCGACAUCGUUAUCCCUGGCUUUGCCUAGUGGAGGGCCUACCUCUGUCCUUUGGGGCCUCAUCACAGCAGGCAUUUGCAACCUAUGUCUUGCAGCAAGUCUGGCAGAGUUCCUCAGUGCGUACCCUUCGGCAGGAGGCCAGUACCACUGGGCUGCUAUGUUAUGUCCCAACAGUCGCAUGAUCUCAUGGAUCACUGGAUGGAUUAAUGUGAGUAAUACCCCAUACAACCACCCCCACAACCCGCAUCGUCCCUUGAUUGUGCUGACACAUAGAUUGCUUACAGNNGUCGGUGGUUGGAUGGCCCUAACUGCUACUGGCGGCUUGCUUGGAUCGCAACUUAUCCUGGGCAUCAUCUCGUUGAUGAACCCUUCCUACGAGUCUAAGAGUUGGCAACAAUUUCUGAUCUACAUUGGUUACAACGUGUUUGCAUUCUGCUUGAAUGCUUUCGCCAACCGUAUCAUCCCUCACAUUGACAGAGGUGCUAUCAUUUGGUCCAUUACUGGGUUCGUCGUUGUGUCCAUUACAGUUCUCGCAUGCGCCUCUCCGAACUACAGUUCCGCUGAGUUUGUCUUUGGCGACUUCAUCAACACAACAGGCUGGCCUGAUGGUGUUGCAUGGUUGUUGGGUUUGCUCCAGGGUGGUUUCGGUCUUACUGGCUACGAUGCUGUCGCACACAUGAUCGAGGAGAUCCCCAACCCAAGAAAGACAGGUCCUUUUGUUAUGAUCACUUGCGUAGCCAUUGGUACUUUCACUGGAUUCAUCUUCUUGAUGUGUCUUCUUNUCGUCGCUGGAGACAUUACUGGAGUCAUCAACUCGAAAGCUGGUCCUCUUCUUCAGAUCUUGUAUAACGCCACAAGCUCGCAUGCCGGAGCGAUCUGUCUGCUUAUGUUCCCUUUGGUCUGCACCGUAUUUGCGACCAUUGCGAUCAUGACCACCAGCAGUCGUAUGGCCUGGGCCUUUGCCAGAGACAGAGGUCUUCCAUUCUCCAAGUUCUUCAGCAAAGUCCAUCCAGGACUCGAUGUUCCUGUCAACGCGCUCGGUCUUACCCUGGGUCUGGUUAUCGUCUUUGGUUGCAUCUUCCUCGGCAGCUCUAGCGCGUUCAACGCCAUUACCAGUGCCUCAGUCGUCGCUCUCAGUAUUACCUACGCCAUCCCCAUCGCCCUCAACGUUCUUCAAGGACGCAAAGGACUACCUGAUGACCGCGCUUUUGUCCUGCCUUCAUGGUUUGGGUGGUUCGCUAACCUGCUUGGUCUUGUUUACGUCACAAUCACCUCGGUGCUGUUCCUCUUCCCUCCCGAGCUGCCUGUUGACGCCAACAACAUGAACUACUGUGUUGUCGCUUUCGGCAUCUGGCUGUUCAUCUCGCUGUUGACGUUUAUCUUUGACGGCAGAAAGAAUUACACCGGACCCAAGGUGGAUAUUGUUGAUGAGCAUGUGCUUACAGCUUCGCCGUCCCCUGAAAUGACGAGAACGAAUAACCAGAUGGAUUAUUCGGAAAAGGGCAAGGAGGCGGAUUUUUAG